AUCCUUUGCAAACAGCUGAAAGCACCCCUCUGCUUCUUGCUCCGCCACCAGCAAAACUGUCCGCUGAAUGAGUGGCUUGUCAGAUCGUCUUCAUUCAGGCCAAACUGGGGCUCCAGUGGGUUACAGUGAGACUCAAGCAGAGAGGUGCUGCGUGACGGGGCCUGAAGAGCUUGAAGGGCAUAAGUUCUGGGCGCAGGAGCUCACGCUCCCAGGCGGGUUCCAGUAUCCUGCUCAUGAUGGACUGGCACAAGUGACCUUCGAAUGCGUCUUGCCCACCUCUUCAUCUGCCCUGGCCAACGGCGUCCAUCUACAGAGAAGGCUGGGGGGUAGCAGCCACCUGUGGAAGCACUCUGACACGCCUAUGACUGCUGAGACGCUUAGAAACAUGCAAACACACAUAGACCCAGAUGUGCGUGCAAAAACUUUUUCACAUGCACAUGUGGACAACUGUGAACACACAGACAUAACCACUCAGUCUGGUUUUAUAGAAACAGAACUCCCAAAAUCUCUCGCACCAGAGGUCAUAAACUCAACUUCACCUCAGUGCUUGUCUUUGGCACUCGGCAAUCAUCCUGUCUCCACCAAUCAGCUGGCGGCUCCGGUCGCCACAGUGGAGACAGACUCGUCGUUCUGUCCGGUCCCGACUGGUUCAGAUCCAAACACGGACUCCUGCCCUCUACCUGUGGAGACAGAAAGAAAGUAUGCACUCCGCAGCUCUGGGCGUCCUCGCUUCCCCUGUCACCUGCGCAAAUCCUCCCGCCUGCACCGAAGCCUUGAGGAUGGAGACAAAAGGGCGGGAAGGGAGAGAGGGGGAGAGGAGGAGGAAAUACUAGAGGAGAAGAUCUGGAGGGUUAAAGAGGAGGAAGUUGCAGUCUGUGAUAAAGAGGAGCGUUUAUCUGUGGAGGCUACUCCCCCCACACCUACCUGUCAUACAGACAUGGCUCCUGCUCUAACCACUCCUAAGCCUGCUCCUAAAGCUCUACCUAAACCUGGACCCAGGCUUGGACACAGACCUGGACCUAAAUCCAGGUGUAAGCCAUUAUUAAAACCUGUUCACAAAGCAGCUCCUAAGAGCAUAUUGAAGCAGCGUCAGGCAGCCCAAGCCCUCCGCAAUCUCGUUAACCCUCCUCUUCCAUUUGCAUCCGCUCUCCCCACGUCUUUAAUGGCCAUGAAGGAAGAACCUGAUGCAGCGUUGGGCGUGUGCCCUCCAAAUAACAGCAGACGAGGGCGUUAUAUUGGUGUACGGAGGAUUGUCGUUAAGGUGCCUCGCAUUCCCGUCAGCCUCAGCCGCCGACAGAAGAGCUACAAAAUUUCUAAUUUGGAGACCGUCAUAGCGCCAGAGAAAAGUAACGACGGCAAUCUGGAGGGCCCUGAGCCAAUUCGUGAGCCGACCGCCCUGCUCCGAAUGAAGAACAAUGGGAAAAGUGUUAUGGUGAUGUUCCCUCCUGGAGAGCUCCCUGUGAUUCUCAAACGCAGACGGGGACGACCACCGAAACAGCCUUUACCAGGAAUACAGUGCGAGCCUGCAAACGCUGGAACGAUUGGCACUGCUGAAGAUCAGCCCAAAAAGCCUCGCAGGCGACGUCGGACUAAACUCCCAUGUCCAUAUCCGUCCUAUGUUAACGAUACAAAUGAUGUGAAAACCGAAUACGGGGAUGUUCUCUCCAAGCUGGCGUUUUUGAACCGCCAGCCUCCUGCCACUGGCCGCUGCUCUCCUCCUCGCUGCUGGACGCCCAGUGAGCCAGAAAGCUUUCAAGCGUCCUUGGAAAACCCUGGAAUAUCCACCCUGCUUCACAGGCUCACUGGGUUUAGACGCCCCAGAGGUGGCAGAGGAGGGGGCCCCGGCAGAGGGGGGGGAGCAGCAGGGGGCGUUAUGGGCAGCGUGUGCAAUAAGAGCACUUUCAGUGACUUCUUUGAGUCUAUCGGAAAAAAGCGGAAGCUGAACCUCCUGUCUCAGCAUGGAUUACCUAGGAAAAGGCGAAAGGGCGUGGGUGGAGGGGUGGGUAGGGGAGGGGGGAUGGUGGGAACAGAGCCCGGGGGUGAGAAAAUAGUCAAAAGGAGACGCAUGAGAAAAAACGGUGCUUGUAAAGGGGGUGGAAUGUCCAUGGAGGAAGAAUGGCCCAACGGGGCAGGUGGCUGGGGGGAGGAGGGGGCGAUGGAUAAAGGGAAAGGUUUGGGUGGGUAUCUACUCUGUGGGUCUUCAAAGGGUGGCUUCUCCAGUUGUGAGCUUGGACGAGGAGGGGCAUACAGUAGUCUAGGGGGGAGUAAAGGGAUGGGGCCAGUCGGCGAGGACUCACAAAGUCUUUUUGCUGGUUAUUUUCGAUCCCUGCUGGAUUCGGAUGACUCCUCAGACUUACUGGACAUCUCCUCGCAGUCGGGCUCCCGCAAAUCUUCAACCAGUGCUGGUUUUGAGCCAUCUAGCUCAGCUGCCAGUCACAGCUGGUCUCCCCCAUUCCCCAAGUGGAGCUCUAAAGGAGCGAGUGCGGGGCUGGAGGCUUCGGCACAGGCACACUGCUCCUCAUCGAGACCUCCGUAUAGCUAUAGCAGCCUGGCCCAAACAUCUCCUACAACUUCUGCCUAUCCCAAAUCCACCCCUCCGUCCCUCUUACACUCACCUAGCUCCCCCCAUCCGUCCUCUUAUGGUCACUACUCCACUGGCUACUCCUGCUCUUCUCCUGCAGCUCCACAGAGGUCAUCAGACUGCAGCUAUUCAUACGGAUCUGCUCAAAGUGGUGGUAAAGGCAUGCCUGUUAAUCAGAUAGCAUAUUCUAGCUACCAGACAGCAGCCAAGAGAGGCUACGGGGGAUAUCCUGCAGGAAGUCAUUCCUCCAUGGCGAGGGGGGAUUCAACUGGACCAACAUCUCCUGGAGGAGGGUACAUGUCCGUGCCCAGAAGCAGCACCUUCAGCUCCUCUGCUCCAGAAGGUUACAAGCAGUUCAACUCCAAUCAGUGGAGCUGCAGACAAGCUUAUGGUGGUUGGCCGUCCGACAGCUUCGGCUCUCAGUAUCAUGGAUACGGUGAAUAUGGCUCCAAUGAGUCCAAAGACAUCUUGGACAUUUCAAACUACACCCCCCAGAAGGCUAAGCGGCAGCCCUUUCCCGAAAGUCUAUCAGAAUCCUCUUCUGACUCCUCACAUCUUGGUUCUGCAGCCCCCGUCAGUGGACCCGGCUCCGCAGGUGGAACCUAUAAACAGAGUGAGCCUGGGUUUGUUCCAGGAGGGGGGGGUCAGUCUAGUCUGUCCAGCCUGGAGAAACUGAUGAUGGACUGGCACGAGAGUGCCUCUGGGCCGUCGUACAACUGGAGCCAGGAUGUUUUAUUCCAAGGCGGGGGGACCAGCAAACCCGGCCGGGGUCGCAGAAAACGGACUGAACCGCAGUUAGAAAAGGAAGGCGGCUCUGCUUUACACUCCGAUUCCCCAUCCAGUCCCUCCCCAACACCUGCUGCUGGACCUAAGCGGGGAGGGGUUGGAGGACGGGGCAGAGGCUCCAGAGGUGGUCGAGGGGGUCUGUCUCCCUGUCAACGGGAGCGUCCGCCGGGGUCCAAAGGAAGGGGCAAGGCGGCCUCUGCAUCAGGAGUGGGACCAGUAGUGUCUGCUGGAGGUCCAGAGGGGGCUGGGUUGUUCCAGGAGGGGCUGGAUUAUUACAGCGGGGACAGCAGCAGCCUCUCUCCUUUGGCCACACCUAAUCCUGGUCCACCUUCCAGCUACCUCCAGGACACCUGUGAGUACCCCUCCCCUUACUCAGCCCACCCCUCCACACCUUCCUCUGAGGAGCGAUAUCCAGCCUUGUACCCUGGUGACUCCUCCUCUUCCCUCUCACCGAGUGUCUCUUCUCCCCCUUACCCUCCCAAGCCAACGCCUCCUCCUCCUCCUCAGUCAUACCACCUCCUCCCCUCCCGGACCUUCUCCCCAUCCUGCUCCCCCUCACCACGUUUAACUCCCCACUGCGCCACAGCGCUCAGUCCCUCGCACCGCCCCCCCCAGAAAGACCCCCAGUUCUCGCAGUACGACUCUCCCAGCUACUGCGGCUCUCCCUUUUGGUACGGACAGACGUCGCACAGUGGCAGCCCCAGCCCUCACUCGAAUACAGCUGGACACCCCCACAGCAACCCCCACACGAGUCCCCACAGAAAUAUGAACCCCCUGUCAAACCAAACUGCAAACGCACACACUCACAUGACCGCUGUCGACACGCAGCAUCACAGCACGCAGCCCCUCGCAAACCUGAGCAACACCCCCUCACACUUGCAGAGCAGCCUUCUCCCCCACUCCAACAGCACACACCUCCCCUCCCACACACACUCCAACCCCGGCCUCAGUCUGCACUCCACACCGGUGCUGUACGAGGAGCGCAGCCCUCCCUCCGCCAUGACGCCCCACAAGCGGGACCUGACCCCUCACGCCAUGAGCACGGGCCUUCGACAGUGUCCCUUGCCUCACUCCCCGUACCCCAAACCCCCACUGGACUGCUCUCCCCACCAGGAGGACACAAGUGGCUACUCCCUACCCCAGCAAUACCAUGGGAUGGGACACCGCUACCCCUCCCAGACGGCUCAGAGCGGCGGGGUGCUGUGUCAGCUUCUGGAUCCAGCAAGUGAUGAGAGCUUCAGCGUCACCAGCCUGUAACAGCAGGUGUGAACUUUUACAGAGUUGCAAACAUAUUUUUUAAGGAGACUUCUUUGUGAGAGAUGAAGGGUGAGAAUUUAGCUGCCAGCUUUGGACAGUCGAGCUUUAAUUCUCCAGCACUGACAAUCAAGAUCAACCCACAGACUGAAGCAUGUACAUACACGAAACACGCACACACACACACAGAAACGCAUGCGCAGAUUCGAUCACUACCUAACCAUCAACACAGGAGGACUCUGCGCUGGAAGGAGGGAUGGUCAAGAGGAGCUGACAGAUGAAUGCCAGACGCUCACGGACAGACGGACCUCUUUCCUCAUCUCGUUUCCGUCCCUGUGUGACACAUGCAGUACUUUACCGAGCCUUUCCGUUUCUGUUCCCUGCAUUGCAAAACAAACAGCUGUUUUCUCUUCUCUGUCGACGCCCAGCUCUGAUGCUAAACCAGCCGCCAAGUUCUCUUCGCCCCGAUCACUCCGCUGUCUUGUGCCCCAA